AUGACCAUUGCUCUCGGCCUCAAAACUCCUGCGACUCCUAAGCCUGCACGGGCGGUGCCCAACUUCACAAAGAACACCAACAAGCGGUGGCCCCCCAUGGCGAACCGAAACGCUCUUCCAUAUAAGCUCACCGUCAUCUCCAAGGAGAAGCUCACUCGGGAGGCCACCGCGCCCGAUCCCAAUCUCCGCCGCUGCGUGGCUCACUUCCGGUUACAUUGUGGAUCUGUCCUCUGGACCGAAAAUGAUAUGAAGUCUCGCAUCAGCUCCUUCGACUUUGAAGAGACGGACGAAGAAGAUGAGAACGACCUACCCGAAAUCAAGAUACAAUCUGAGACAAAAAAUGCCUUUGUCCGAGUCGAAGCGACUGAGAUACCCAUGAACACGGAAUCCGUGGCAUCUCAAUCCUCCCAAUUAUCUCCUGAUGAUGGUCUUUUUCCGGAUCAGAGCCAUUGUAUUGAAAUGACCUCCAAAAACAACUUCUGCUGCAUCUCCGUCUCUCCCAUUGCCGGUUAA